UACAUUAUUAAUAAGAGAUUUGGAGUAUCUUUCUCAUUCAUUCUCAACUCAAGUUUAGGGUUUCGUGCUCUGCCUCUCUUUAUAUUUCAAAUUGCAAACAUCACUCACAUCACAACAUUAGCGAGAAAGAAUGGUUCCAAUUGAAAGCUUUUCAUCUGAUAAAGAUUGCUACGAGGAGUCUAUUAACAGUAAUACGAAUUGGUCGUCCCCGAAAGAUAGCAAGAUUGAUGAGUACUUUGAAGUGGAUAGUUUAAGUGUUGCUGCAACUUCUGAGGAUUGUAUUCUACUAUCUGUAGAUGUCAAUGUGACCGAUAUGAGGCCGGAGUCUAGUUCGAUAGGGCCUUUGAAAGGAACAUCAUCAAGGAAAAGGAACAUAGUGGUGGAGAAGUGUUCUGAUGUUCCUGCUACAUUGGUUGUAGAUAUUCCCAGUAACCCUUCCAAAAGACUGAGGUGGAUCAAUGGUGUUGAUCAAUCUAAUGAUGAAAAUUCAUGCGCUAAACUUGAAACUGAAGCUUCCCUAAUUCUUGCAAAGCCGAAUUUGAAAGGCAGGGUUGAUAAAGUUAAUGCAUGGUUGUCUCAUUUAGAUCUGAAAAGAAAUUUAUCAAGCAUAGGAAACUAUAAUGUCAUUGGCCGUCCAAAGGCUUUUGAAUCAUCGAAUUGGAUUCAUUCGAAGACAAAUAUAGCACGAGAUGUUGAAUUAGUCAAGAAAAAAAUUUCUAGAAAAAUGAAAGAAAGCCAGAUACGCGAAAGGCAGUGGAGAAGGCUACUUCAUAUGCAACUAGAAGAUAAACUUAAUUUGGAAAAAGAAAUUGAGAUCAAAGAGGCUGAUUUUGUAGAAGGGUACAAAAUAGAGUUGGCAUUAUUUCAAAAGUUUCAUGUGUUAACAAAAGAAGUGCUCAAUAAUUCCAAUAGUAAACAUCAUAGAAGACUUGCAGAACUGAAAAGGAAGCAUCAAGUAUGUCUUCAGGAUCUUGAGACUAAGCAGUUAGAAACAAGGCAGAAAUUCAAAGAGAUUCUUAGGCGCAAUUAGCUUCCACGAAUGUUUCACCUUUGUGCGAUGAUCAAGUUCGUAGUGUAUCGGAAAGAAUGAUUGAAGAAUCUAUCUUCAUCUUUGACAUUUAGGAUUGAAUUCAAUUAUUUGUGCAGUACAAUUUAUAACAUUUUGUGUGAAAGUUGACAUAUUUUGUAUUGUUCCAUUUUGAAUUGUUAAUAUAUAACUAUUCUUUCACUUCAUAUGAUAUUAUUGUAAAACAAAUAUAAGCAUAUAAAAAGAAAAGAUGUUUUUGGAUUCGUCU